AGUAUUCCAAUUUGUAUGUAAAAAUGUAUCCACGAAAUAUUGUAAUGAGGUGGCACUUACUAUUGAUGGUAGGUACUAAAAGCAAAAACAAAAAAAAUAAAAAAAAAACAACAAAAACAUCUAUUGCACAUAUUUACAUUUUUCGCUAAACGUGUGGUUAGCCCCAGCGUUUCUUAACUGGCUUGUUGAGUGUGCGAUUCGCCGCUGCUCAGUCUGUUGACUGAUGGUUUGCUUCAUUGGUUAUAUACUGAACACACGACUUGUAAUUCUUUUAGUAUUUAAAAAUCUUUUGACAUAGCAAAACCUAGCGAUGCGAACGAGCAGCGUGAAGACGACUGCAAUUUUUAAUUUUUUUUUUAAGAUAACGUUAAUAAUUGAUAUUACACCUUUGUUGGCGCUGUGCUAUCUAAAUUUGUACUCGCGUAAUUUGUGCUGAAAUUAAAUUAACCCGGAAGUUUGAUGAAGCGAAAUGUUUGUAAAUAUACAGUAGUGUUAGUGUUUGAUGCGAUAAUAAAAUUUAACGCCGUGGCGAUAUAAUUUUUAGUGGAAAAUAAAAUGGGCAAAUGAAUAAUACUAAAACAAGUUACAAAAAAUAUAUAAAAGAAAUAGUGAUACGUAAAUGAAAGGAUUUGAUAACUAUAGUUAUCUAAAAAAUAUAUAAAAAAUAAAAUAUUAACAUAUUAAUAUAUGUAAUAGCGAAAAUAUUGCAUAUUACAAAAGCACUUUCAAAUUGAAUUAAAAAAAGUGAAAAUGAAACGUCUUGAAGAGGAGAUUGAAUAUUUCGGUACGGGUUCAACCCUAACGCCCGAAAUGUUGCUGACAACGUCCGAGUCAUCAACGUACAGCGCCUCCGAGGUGGCCGGCCGUCUACAGGUCGACACACGUACCGGCCUCAAAUGGACCGAGGCCAAAUAUCGUUCGAAAAUUAUAGGUCACAAUGAAUUGAAUGUGAAUGAAGAGGAUCCCACAUGGAAGAAAUAUAUUGAACAGUUCAAGAAUCCGCUCAUUCUGCUGCUUUUGGGUAGUGCGCUGGUUUCGGUGAUAAUGAAACAGUACGACGAUGCUGUCAGCAUAACGAUAGCCAUUAUCAUUGUGGUAACGGUCGCUUUCAUACAGGAGUAUCGAUCGGAGAAGAGUUUGGAAGAGUUGAAGAAGCUGGUGCCACCCGAGUGCCAUUGCCUGCGAGAAGGACGACUCGAUACGUUUUUGGCGCGUGAGCUAGUGCCCGGCGAUGUGGUGUAUUUGAAUGUGGGCGAUCGUGUACCAGCCGACAUUCGACUUUUCGAAGCGAUUGAUCUAUCGAUCGAUGAAUCGAGUUUCACCGGUGAAACAGAGCCGGGGCGCAAGAGCACAGAACUCAUAUUGAGCAGCGCGACCAAUAAAGAUCACACGAAUAUGAAGAAUGUGGCUUUUAUGGGCACGCUGGUGCGUUGUGGCAACGGCAAAGGUAUUGUGGUGAGCACUGGUGAGCGCAGCGAGUUUGGCGAGGUCUUCAAGAUGAUGCAAGCCGAGGAGGCGCCGAAAACACCGCUACAGAAAUCGAUGGACAUACUCGGCGCACAAUUGAGUUUCUAUUCGUUUCUCAUCAUUGGCGUGAUUAUGUUGUUGGGCUGGUUGCAGGGCAAACCACUAACCGAAAUGUUCAAUAUCAGCGUUUCCCUGGCAGUAGCGGCCAUACCGGAAGGUCUACCCAUUGUGGUUACAGUCACGUUGGCACUCGGUGUGAUGCGUAUGGCCAAACGAAAUGCUAUCGUCAAAAAAUUGCCUACCGUAGAGACGCUCGGUUGCGUGAAUGUCAUUUGUUCGGACAAAACGGGUACGUUGACGAAAAAUGAGAUGACAGCGACUGUCAUCAUCACAUCAGACGGUUACAUGGCCGAUGUCACUGGUGCCGGUUACAAUGACCAAGGCGAGAUACAUAUACGCAAUUGCAAUAAUGUUGAAAUGGCUAAGGCAAACAUCACCAACUUGCUCGAAAUAGGUGCGGUCUGCAAUAACGCCUACAUACAAAAUGGCACACUGCUCGGCCAGCCCACAGAGGGUGCACUUAUCGCUGUUGCCAUGAAAAACGGCAUGUAUGCCACAGCGGAAAACUAUGUGCGCAUACAAGAGUAUCCAUUCUCCUCCGAACAGAAAAUGAUGGCUGUCAAGUGCAUACACAAAUACAAUAAUAACAAGGAGGAAAUUUUCUUCGCCAAGGGGGCGUUAGAAAUGCUGUUACCGCAGUGCACGAAAUACAUGUUUGGCACGCAGACAGUGCCGUUGACAAAGCAAAAUGAAGCGGAAUUCCUAGCGGAGGCCUACGAAAUCGGGCGAAAGGGUUUGCGUGUGCUGGCAUUGGCCAAAGGACGCAGCCUACAGGAUCUAAUCUAUUGUGGUCUAGUGGGUAUCACUGACCCGCCGAGACCAUUGGUGCGCGAAUCCAUUGAGAUGCUGAUGCAAAGCGGUGUGCGUGUCAAGAUGGUAACUGGAGAUGCACAAGAGACAGCCAUGGCAAUUGCAAAUCUUAUUGGCAUUGAUACAAUUCACCAGCAAACGCUUUCCGGUCAAGAGAUGGAUCAACUUAAUGAGCACCAAUUGGACAAGGUCGCCAAUAAUGUGAGCGUUUUCUACCGCGUCACGCCACGUCAUAAGCUGGCGAUUGUGAAAUCACUACAACGCACUGGAAAUAUUGUCGGCAUGACAGGCGACGGUGUCAAUGAUGGCGUCGCACUGAAGAAGGCUGAUAUCGGCAUAGCUAUGGGUAAAAACGGCACCGAUGUCUGCAAAGAAGCCGCCGAUAUGAUACUGGUCAAUGAUGAUUUCCACACCAUAAUCGCCGCCAUCGAGGAGGGCAAAGCAAUCUUCUACAACAUCCGCAAUUUUGUGCGUUUCCAACUGAGUACUUCGAUCGCCGCUCUUUCGCUGAUCGCACUCGCUACUCUUAUGGGCAUCGCCAACCCACUGAACGCUAUGCAAAUCCUUUGGAUUAACAUUAUUAUGGAUGGACCACCAGCGCAAUCGCUCGGCGUCGAACCGGUUGACCACGAUGUACUCAAGCAAAAGCCACGUAAUGUCAAACAACCUAUGAUUACGAAAUCGGUGAUUGUGAAUGUGUUGCUUAGCGCCAGCAUCAUUGUGCUCGGCACGCUUUGGGUGUUUCAGCGCGAAAUGGCCGACGGCACAAUGGGCAAAACGAAACGCGACACCACCAUGACAUUCACAUGCUUUGUCUUUUUCGAUAUGUUCAAUGCAUUGGCAAGUCGUUCGGCAACGAAGAGUGUCUUCAAGAUCGGCUUAUGCACGAACAAAAUGUUCCUUCUCGCUGUUGGUUUCUCGAUUAUCGGACAAAUGUUGGUCAUCUAUUUUCCGCCGUUACAAAUGGUAUUCCAAACGGAAGCGCUCUCCGCCUACGAUAUACUCUUUUUAGUCUCGCUCACGUCGUCGGUGUUGAUCGUGGCGGAGAUUAAAAAGUGGUUCGAACGCACUAUGGAGCGUAAAAUGUACAAGACUCGCUCCGAGUUGGAUUUCGUAUGACAAAACGCAAGCGCUGGAAGAAAAUCGUCAAACGUAAAGAAUGAUUAAGCUUAGCAAAAACACACAAACCACAAACAAACAAACAACACGUAGCAAGGAGUAUGAUGGUGAUGAUGGUGGUGAAGGACGAUAUGGGUGGGUGGGCGUAUCUACGAGGAUGGCGGUUGGAGAUGGGGCUAAAAGAAUAAAAGUUAAAAAAAAUGAGAAUGUUUAGGGUAUAUUGGGCGUAAUUUUAAGGUAAAGCAAGAAAGCAACAUGAAGUAAAACAAGAGAGAGCAAACUAAUACAUACAAUAAUUUAAAUGUCGAUUGUAUCUGUCUUUGUAUGGUUUACUUUACUUUCUAAUUACUUUGUAUUUAAGCGCAUUAAGCGGAUGGAUGUUAAAGAAAAAAGAAAACUAUUAAGUUAUCUAGCUAGCAAAAGUGGAGAGCGAAUUAAAAGAAGAUGCAUGAAAAAACAUAAAUAGCUAAGGUGGAGAAAUGGGCCGAAGAGUCUUGAUAAUAUGAGUAGUAAGAAGAGAGUAGCGCGAUUGAUAUAAGGCGCUUUGGUUGAAAAUUUCGGGCGGCGAAAAAAGUUCUCAAAAGCGAAUAUUUUAUUUCAGUUUCUUGUGUAAACCAUAUUUUGAACGGCGAAAACAGUUCUCUUUCUUGUGUAAAACACAUUUUAUUAAGUUAUUUAUAAUUAGAUUGCACUAUGCCUAUAGAAAGUGUUAACAAGUAUUUGUUGUUUUUUUGUAAUUUGAUUAAACAUUCGCUCUCUAUUCAGUUUCAUCGCUACUUAUUGAAUGCUUUAAUUUUUAGUAGUUAGAUUUUGCUUUACAAAUGUUUAAUUUUGUUCUAAAAAUUGGCAAAAAAACGCAGGGUCUGUCUAAAAAUGUU